CAUGGUGUUGACCCUUUGAACGUCUGGAUCAGCUCACCUAGCUUAGAGCUCGGCACCACCAGGCCCACUCUGGGCACUUCUAGGAGCCUCAGUUCUCCCAGUGAAAGACGCACCCUCUUAAAAGGACUGGUUGCACACUUGCCAGUCCUCCAUGUCCAGAACUGUCCUAGGGUAUGGUGCAGAUUAAAUAGCACACAGAAAAGACAGUAAAUUCUAGCCACUCUUGCUGCAGGGCCGGUGCCUUAUGGACGUAAUGAGCUCCACCAGGGAUUUGGUGGCUGUAUUUUAGGGAGGGGCUGAGACUUUGACCCUGCUUACCUUAAAGGGCCAGCUGGAGUCUGCGAGGAGCCUCCAGACCCUCUCUAGGACCCAGGGUGACCCCCAAAUGCACAUAUAGAUAGGUAGAUAGGUCUGCGGCCGGCCUCGCCACGGCCAGCAUGGCCCCCGCACAGCUCUUCCGCGCGCUGGUGUCAGCGCAGUGGGUAGCAGAAGCGCUGCGGGCCCCACGGGCUGGGCAGCCCCUGCAGCUGCUGGACGCGUCCUGGUACAUGGCCAAGCUAGGCCGGGACACCCGGCGAGAGUUCGAAGAGCGCCACAUCCCAGGUGCCACUUUCUUCGACCUGGACCACUGCAGCGACCGCACAUCGCCCUACGACCACAUGCUGCCCAGCGCCGAGCACUUCUCAGAGUACGCGGGCCACCUGGGCGUGGGCACCACCACGCACGUCGUGGUCUACGACACCAGUGACCAGGGCCUCUACUCUGCGCCCCGUGUCUGGUGGAUGUUCCGCGCCUUCGGCCACCGCACCGUGUCUCUGCUGGACGGCGGCCUCCGCCACUGGUCGCACCUGAAUCUUCCGCUCAGCUCCGGCAAGAGCCACCCUGUGCCCACCGAGUUCCGCGCCCAGCUGGAUCCCACUUUUGUCAAGACCUAUGAGGACAUCAAGGACAACCUGGAGACCCAUCGCUUCCAGAUGGUGGAUGCCCGAGCCGCCGGCCGCUUCCAGGGCACCGAGCCCGAGCCCCAAGACGGCAUCGAGCCCGGCCACAUCCCUGGUGCUGCGAACAUCCCCUUCACGGAAUUCCUGACAGAGGAGGGUCUGGUGAAGAGCCCCGAGGAGAUCCGACACCUGUUCCAGCAGAAGAAGGUGGACCUGUCCCAGCCCCUGGUGGCCACAUGCGGCUCUGGCAUCUCGGCCUGCACGGUGGUGCUGGGGGCCUACCUCUGUGGCAAGCCCGACGUGCCUGUCUAUGAUGGCUCCUGGGUAGAGUGGUACAUGCGUGCCCAGCCUGAGAACAUCAUCUCAGAGGGUCGAGGGAAGAUGCACUGAGGCUGGGGACGGACGCAGCCAGCUCAGGUGACACUCAGCCACCAGCACCGUGCAGCCUGGUAGCCCUGACUCUGCUUUGUGUGACAGACUGUUUACUAUCAUUCAGUUCAGGCGGCAUCUGAGAAACUGGUGAUUCGUGGGCUCCCAGAGGAGGCAGGAGAAAGGUGACACAGGCACAGGAAGGGACAUCAGGACACAGAACUGCUCCAGGGUGCUAAACUGGGGCCCUGCUUCGCUUCCGUCUUACCACUGAGGAAAUAAAACAUCCCAGCGUGGAAUCCUUGUA